AUGAGAUUUACCAAACGAGAUAUUUCUCGGCUGCUCUUCAAGAACGUUUCUCCCUUCAAACUCAUCCUCCAUGGCACUUGUAUCGGGAUUUGUUUAUUACCUGCCAUUGCUGUGCUUAUUGUAGGAUUGGUGGUUUUCAUCACAUCGCCGAGUGAUAGUAUUACCUCUCCAGCGACUUGUAUCAUUCUCUCCAAAUUACAAUGUAUUACCAAUCAAGAAGAAGAACAAUUUCAUCAUCAACCUCAUCAACUGUGUUCAUCACCACAACAACAACAACAACAAUUAUUAUCAUUAUCGGACAAGUCCAUAGAUCAAGUGUUGUUAUUGUCGCUGAAAACUUCUCUCUCUGAAAAGACUUGUUCCUCUUCAUCAUCGGCAUCAUCAUCACUGAAUGACUCUCCAGACGAAAUUCGUUCAUAUUCAUCAUCAUCAUCACUCUCAUCAAGCCUUUUUUCCUUUCUUUCCUCCUCAUCCUCCUCAUCAUCAACAAUCUUACCAUCAUCCAUAUCAUUCCUCUCUUCAACACCAUCCACCAAUGAUGAUUCCUCCUCCCAUGCAAGCCUCAUAACCACUCAAUGCACCUACUCAGUCUCAUUCAACCUUCCAAGCUCUUCCGAAUAUCCAUUGGGAGAAACCAUCAAAUCCUCCAUCAUUCCAUUCUCUAAAAACUCUCCUUAUGCUAAUUAUUCCAUGCAAGAUCAUGUACCUUGUUUUUAUGAUCCUCACAAUCCAAAGAAUGUUUCCUUUGAGAAAACCAAUCUCAUUCACUUUUAUACCAUUGUGGGAUUGGGUGUGAUUGGUGCUGGAGCAUGUCUUCUUCUUCUCGUAUUGAUUUCUGUUGGAAUCUUUUGUACGAAUUUCUGUCGUUUCUGUGUCGAGUAUAAACAAACGAAACGAAAACGACGACAAAUCUUUAGAAAGAGUAUGCUUUACAAGAUGAUCAUGAUUUAUGGUCAGAAUAGUAGUAGCGGAGAGAGUGAAGAUGGCUAUACCAGCAGUAGUAGUAAUGAGGGAGCGAUGGGAAUGAGGUUUGGCCUCAACCAUUCGAGUAGUAUUGAGGGAAUUUUAAAUUAUGGAAGCACAGAUCACAAGAGACAAUCUUUUGGAAAUGGAUAUUAUUAUUCGAAUGCCAACAAGUCACCAUCGAAAAGAAAUUCAGGAAUUAAUAGUAGUGGUAGCAGUCAUACUAUGCUCUCAUCGAUGCAAUAUCAAGGAAUAUUGGCAUCCACUCAUGUGUUGAGGAAUGACAAAUCGUUUCAUGUGGAUGAAAAGUAUUUUUAUCAACAUAGUGACGAUGAGGAUCACGAAAAUACACUCAGCAGUUCGAGUGUGGAAGACGUUACAGUUGAAAUUGUUUCCACACCCACUCGUCCACCGUCAUUCCCUGCUCAAAAUAAUUAUUAA